CACUAAAACAAGGACCACACGCGCUUUACGUUUCCUGCUGGCAGCUGAGAUGCUCCUUCCGUUCCUGACUCUACCGUGGGCGCAAGUGCAAUGCAACGCAUCGGCAUUUCUUUCGUCCACACGGAGAACCAUUUAUGUAGGAGUAGUAGGAAGGCCAAUAGACCAUUUUUAUUCGAUUCGAUCUCACUCGCUAUAGUUGCUUCUUACCAUUCUCGCACCAGCCAAGCCAACCAUUCAAAGACUGUUCUUGCUUAAAACAUCAUUCGUUUCGCUGGCUCGUUAGCGAUUUAGGGGAGAACUAGCUGCAUCCAUGGAGGAGGUGUUGAUCGAUGAUGUCUGGUAAGGUGUGUGCUCCAUGGGUGCAUAUACAGGUGCUGGCAUGUAUCCGCAGAUGGUGUAUCAUGCCGAUGUGCGGGCGAGGGAGAUGGAGUUGGCGGCCGAGAGGCAGAUGGGCUGCUCUUGCUCCCCCUUGGGCAGGAUGAUAUCGAGAGUGAUCACGAAAUGCAACGGGCGCCAAGGGCGCGUCAGGUACGACGAGAAGAUGGACUACGCCAUGGCGUACGCUCCGGCGCAGACUUGCUACGUGCGCCCAACUGCGCGCAACGUCACCUUGGCCCCCAGCAACCAUCACCCCGCCCACGCCCACGCCAUCCAGCCGGAGCCACCACGAGCAGACGCGACGACCCUGCCCGGCACGCCGUUCCCCUCCACUGGCGCCCCUCCCCAAGGCGGGGCCCGCAAGCCUAAGAAGAAGAAGAAGAAAAAGCAAGUCAGGUUCACACCAUCAGGGCCGGUGCCCAUGGACGCGCCGCCGCCGCACGCGCAGCAUCACACAGCGACGGCGGCGGGCGGCGCCGGAGGAGCUGCCGGUACAGCUGCCGGCGUGGUCUACCAUCACGGUGCGGCUGAGCCGCCGCCGUCGCACUCCCCUGCUCCGCCGAUGCACGGCGGGCAGGGCGGCCACCACGGGUACGCGUACGCGCACGGCUACGGCCGGUACGCGCCGUCGCCGCUGCCGCGGUGGGAGAUGCUGGGCACGCCGCGGCGGCCCGAGUACUUCUCCGGCGAGUACCGGUGGUACUACCCGACGCCGGUGCGCGAGGGCAUCUACAGCAUCGCCACCGACGCCAACGGCAGGCUCAGCACCAUCUUUAGCGAGGAGAAUCCCAACGCGUGCACCAUCGUCUGAGCAGUGUUUCGCCGUUAGGUGGUCACAGGUUACUGGUCAGAUCAGGGAAUCAAUAAGAUGACUUCUUAAUUUCUUACUUUGGGCAAAGUAGUCUAUUAACUAGGAGAAGGAAUAUGGUUCUUGUAGUGCUGUGUAGAUAUAUAGAUAAGCUACUAAGGUUGAUGAAACGGAUUGGUUCGAAUGUUUCGAUGCUUCGGCUUAAUUAUUAGAGUAUAUAUCUCUGACCCCUGCGUCUUGCCUUUUUGCCCUUAAUAUAUAACUCUUUCAUUUAA